GACCGUUGACGCGAUCAAGAUGCUGAUGUGCCCAUUUGUCUCUUAGUCCCGCGCUGUCACCACGAAUUCUGCUGGAGAGUGGAUCAAACAGUGGACACGUCUACAAGUUGGUUUGAUAUCCAGUUAUCAGCUGCAGUGGCUCAAGAGUUGACACACCAGCCGAAUCGUCUAUCACUAGCCCACUUAGAUGACAGAAACUGACGUUAGGUCUCUCCUUGGCACAAAUCAUGCUCCCACUGAGGAGGAGUGUCGUGUCAUUGAGAAAUCCUUAGAGGACCAUGAGUCGGAACUCAAAUAUCUCCUGGAUGAGAUUCAAGAGCUGCAACAAACUAUAAAUGCAAGACAGAGCGCUGUCAGAAAAGUCCAGGGUACCAUCGAUGCUCACCAUACGCUCCUGAAGCAUAGCCCUAUGAGAACUCUACUCCCAGAGAUUCUGGGGGAGAUUUUUGAGGCGUAUUGCGACCUCCAUCCCCUUCCAGAUUUUUCCUACUGGGACUAUCGGCGUCGUAAUACGCUUAUGAAAUCUCGCAUGGAACUGCUUCACGUUUGCCGCAGGUGGCGAACUAUCGCAUUAUCCACACCUCGCAUCUGGUCGGCCUUCCCCUUGUUCGCUCGUCAAAAUCCGGUGAAAAAUCCAGCCUUCGACAAGGAAAUGGUAAAUUUGUGGCUCACCUCGUCACGGCGGGUACCUUUGGAUAUAUAUGCUUCAUAUCGUGAAGAUAGUCCUGAUUACACUGCAACCCACCUUAUAUCCCAGAUGCACCGGUGUCAUAGGCUUAAUCUAGAGUUCCAAUUCUAUCAUAAUCGACUGGAAUCAAUUACUUCGCUCACUUUUCCCAUUGCGCCUAUGCUCACGGCCCUCUACUUCCAUUCUGACCGUUGGGCCGAUGCCAGCAUGGUAGCUUGGGCAUCCCAGCUCUUCCCCACCCUUCCCAAUCUCAGGGACCUCGACUUCAAUGGGCCUGCAUCUCUCCUUAGCAGCGCGUCACUUGGCGCUCUAAAGAUAUUGCGCUGUACGCUGAUGAACCCCGAACAGUUCGUGGGUGCUCUCCAAGGACUUCCUCUUCUUGAGGAGAUGCAUGUCGGGCAUAUGCCCGACGCCACAGCCCCAACCAGCUGUGCCAUUCACAAGAGCUUGAGGGUUCUUGACAUUCGCUGGGAUCCUUCCGAGCUUGACGCCAUUCCAAAUCUACUCCACCAAUUGACGCUACCCGCGUUAGAGAGCUUGGAAAUACAUGAUCACUUCGUACCUCCAGAACACAUCAUGGACUUUCUCACACGCUCCGCUUGUUCAUUGAUCACGCUCCGCAUGGCUCCCAACACCAACAGAAGGCACCGUUCUGAUAACAGGGAACACGCCAUACUGCCGUGCUUACAGAUGGAACAGAAUCAAUCGUUGAAGCGUCUUUUUAUCCAUGCUCCAAAUGAUUCCCUGACGGUGUAUAUCAAAGGCCUGUCGCCCGAGGUCCUUGAAUAUCUAAAAGGUCCGAGCCUUCCCCAUCUCGUAGAAAUCGGAUUUACCACCUCUACCGAGAAUAUAUCUGCCGUCAAGGAGGUGAUCAAGCGUCGAGAGGCGAUGUACAAGAACAACUUGGUGAAGUCCAUGUUGUCACGAGUAGAGGUCGUCCUAUCCUCUGCCGAUCAAUGGUUCUCUGGCAAGGUCAAGGAGGAUGAUAUCAAGCGUGCAUCAGAAUCGCUAAGAGACUUAGGGGUGGCUGUCGAGCUUAGGUCCUGCGAGGCCCUUUUCUAAGCCUCACGUUCAGUGUUACGGUGUUACCUCCCGGCACUGACUGUUAUUACUUUCGAUCGAACAAUCAUUCCGUCAUUGUAC